UGGUUAUUAGGCUAGAACAUACCGCGCUAUCGCUGAAGUGCUCAUCAUUGUGUUUUCCCUCCGUUUCCAGCGAAAAGAGAAGCAGCUCAUCUGGCGAAAUGGCAGGAGGCAAAGCAGGAAAAGACAGUGGAAAAGCCAAGACGAAAGCCGUCUCCAGAUCUCAGAGAGCUGGUCUGCAGUUCCCUGUAGGCCGUAUUCACAGGCACCUGAAGACCCGAACCACCAGCCAUGGCCGUGUCGGAGCUACAGCUGCGGUUUACAGUGCUGCUAUCCUGGAGUAUCUCACCGCUGAGGUGCUGGAGUUGGCUGGAAACGCUUCUAAGGAUCUGAAGGUGAAGCGAAUCACUCCCAGACAUUUACAGCUGGCCAUCCGCGGAGACGAGGAGCUGGACUCGCUUAUCAAGGCCACCAUUGCUGGAGGAGGAGUCAUUCCUCACAUCCACAAGUCUCUGAUUGGGAAGAAGGGUCAGCAGAAGACCGUAUGAGGAGCCAAUCAGCACUGCUUUUCUUCAGUUUCCCGUUCGUUUGCUUCUGUUUGGUAAAGCGUAGUUUAGCAUAACAAUGGUUAGCGUUUGACGUACUGUAUCCUGAUGAUUAGCGCGGGGCGGGGGGGUAAUCAUGCUUGUUUUAGUUGGGGGCGGGGUCUGUGUGCUUUCGGGGCUUCGUUAUUGGCUUUUUAAAAAUUGUUUUAUACAUUUAAAAACCUUUUGUUUUGUUUGUUUUCUAAGUGUUUCUGUGAGUUCAUUCAACACGUCUCGUGUUUUGGCUUUGGUGCUGCAAGGAAUCUGUUGAAAUGAAUCCUGAUAUGAAUCACUCU